AUGAAGCAUAAAUUACCGAUUUUACUUGUCAUUAACCUUUUCCUCCUGAUAACCUUUGGCGAUGUGAUAAAGGGAGAUAAUAUUACUAAUAAAAAAAAGGAUAUAUGGAAAUCUAGAUUUACUGCAGGAAAGGGAACUCCCAAGAAGAAUGAAAAUUCCAUUGAUAAAAAUAAGGAAAAGGAUAAGGGUAAGGACAAGGAUAUCAAGAAAAAUAAAGAUGAUUUCCUAACAAGCCUGAUCAAUAAGGAAGAUAUGAACGACUCUCGCAACAUAAUGCUUUUGAGAGAAAUUUACGAAAAAGAUAACGAACUAAGUAUCAUUCGAAGAAAAAAGAAAAAGUAUAAAACGGCUACCUUCACCUUGGGUACUUUGAUAACCAUAAUAGCAUUACGUGCCAUAGCGGACUUAGCCGUGAAAGGCAUUUCCAAGCUCUUCGAGCAGGAACAGAGUAUGAUUGGUAAAUUAAUUUUUGACAAGUGGAACAUUAACAAUAUGAAAAAGAAGAAUUUCCUCAUUGAGGCACUGGAGUGA